CCUGUCUGUGAUCCCACCCUGUCUUCCCCUCACCUGUGGCAGUUACAGUAUAAAGGAGGCUGGGACAAAGACACGUCCAGAUUGUGUCCAGCUGCUGCAAGGCGAGUCGACCCAGCUCAGCUCACAAAGAGAAUAAUCAGCAUCCAGGGCCUCUACAUCCAGCUAAAAGGAGAGGAUGACUUCCACGGCAUAUCGACUGGCCCAUCAGCAGGAGAGGGAACAAGGCACUGGCACCAACAAGCGUGCAGUGAAGUUCGCCAAGCAGGAUUAUGAGACGUUGCGCCAGCAGUGUCUGAAGAGAGGAUGUCUGUUUGAGGACAACUGCUUUCCAGCUGAGUACAAAUCACUGGGCUACAAUGAGCUGGGACCAUACUCAAGCAAGACCAGGGGUGUCGUUUGGAAAAGACCACAGGAGCUGUGCUCGGACCCAAGAUUCAUUGACGGUGGAGCCACAAGGACAGACAUCUGUCAGGGAGGGCUUGGGGACUGCUGGCUUCUGGCUGCAAUAGCCUCCCUGACUCUAGACCAACGGAUCUUGGCUCGUGUGGUGCCCCCUGGACAGAGUUUCACCGAAGGUUAUGCCGGGAUAUUUCACUUUCAGUUCUGGCGGUUCGGCGAGUGGGUGGACGUGGUGGUCGAUGACCGUUUACCCACCAGAGACGGAAAGCUGCUAUUUGUUCACUCAGCAGAGGGCUCUGAGUUUUGGACACCGCUGCUGGAGAAGGCCUACGCUAAGGUGUGUGGCUGCUAUGAGGCCCUGAUAGGAGGCAGCACUACUGAGGGUUUUGAGGAUUUCACGGGAGGAAUCUCAGAGCUGUACACAUUAGACAAGGCUCCACCACAUCUCUUUGAAAUCAUUAAGAAGGCCCUGAAUCGCGGAUCACUGCUAGGUUGCUCAAUUGAUAUCACCAGCGCCUGUGAGACAGAGGCAGUGAAGGCUUGCAAGCUUGUCAAAGGGCAUGCAUACUCUGUCACCGGUGCAGAGACGGUUAAUCAUCGAGGCAGGCAGGUUCAGCUGGUCCGUGUCAGGAACCCAUGGGGUCAGGUGGAGUGGACUGGGCCGUGGAGUGAUGGAUCCGGUGAAUGGGACCAUGUCGGUAAAGAUGAGAAAUUAAAGUUGAACCAUGUGGCUGAAGAUGGAGAGUUCUGGAUGUCCUAUUCAGACUUCAUCAGGCAGUUCUCCAGGCUGGAGAUCUGUAACUUGACCCCGGACACGCUCGAGAGCGACGAAGUGGGCCACUGGAACAACUACCAGUUUGAAGGGACAUGGAGGGUCGGCUCCACUGCUGGCGGCUGCCGCAAUCACGCAGCCACAUUCUCGUCCAACCCUCAGUUUGUGGUGCGUCUGGAGGAUGUGGACGAUGAUCCUCUGGAUGGGGAGGAUGGGUGCACCUUUCUGGUGGGGCUGAUGCAGAGGGACGGAAGACGGCUGAAGCGACUGAACCACAGCCUUGAGACCAUUGGCUUUGCCAUUUAUAAGGUCCCGGAUCAGUACAAAGGCCACAGCAACAUCCACCUGGGUCCGGAUGUCCUGCUGCGACAGAGAGCUGUGGCCAUGAGCAGCACCUUCAUCAACAUGCGCGAAGUGUGCGACCGCUUCAAACUUCCUCCUGGAGAAUACGCCAUAGUUCCCUCGACCUUCCAGCCUCACAAGAACGGCAGCUUUGUUCUCAGGGUCUUCUCCGAGAAACAGGCUGCGACCAGCCCACUAGAGGAGGACAUUGAUGCUAAAAUAGAGGAGGAGGAGGUGUGUGAGAGUGAUGUGGAUCCUCAUUUCAAGCACCUCUUCAAGCAGAUUGCCGGCAAUGACUUGGAGGUAUCGGCCUUCGAAUUGGUGAGAAUUUUGAACAACGUCGUCUCUCACAGGUCUGAUCUAAAGACAGAUGGGUUCAGCCUUGACACAGGUCGCCUCAUUGUCAGUCUGCUGGAUAAAGAUGAAAGUUCCAAGCUGGGACUGGUGGAGUUCCACAUGCUUUGGAACAAAAUCCAGAGAUACCUGGAGAUCUUCAAGAAUCACGACUCAGACAACUCUGGCACCAUGAGCUCCCACGAGAUGAGAUGCGCCGCAACUGAAGCAGGCUUCCACGUCAACAGCUUUGUGCUGCAGGCCAUCGUCCGUCGCUAUGCUGACGCUCAGUACGCCAUCGACUUUGACAGUUUUGUAGGCUGUCUCAUUAAACUGGAAAUGCUGUUCAAAAUGUUUAAGUCUCUGGAGAGACAGGACUCGGGGAAGAUUGAGCUGGAUAUGCAACAGUGGCUGUGCCUGGCGAUCCACUAAUGCUGGAGACAAGCCAAGCCAGGACCCCAAGAGGAAGCUCAGUCACUCAACAUCUUAUCAAUUUGUUUCACAAAAAACACAUUUUAUAAACAUUCUUUAUGUUCCAAAUUAUGUUUUAAGGGCUUAAAUGUAUUGAUAUGAUACAAUAAUGAAUUGCUUAACAUAUACAUGGGAAAAGAAAUCCCAAAUGUUUGAAGAUAUUUUGGAAUGGUCACAUAUUUUUGUGAUGCAAUGGAGAAAAAACGUCUUGUUAGUU